AUGGUUAAUUACACCAUCACUCCAAGCGUGAAUACAAUCCAACUUAUCACUCUCCUCUAUCUACAAAAUGACUAUGUCUGGAAUAUUACAAUCAUCCCAAUCUACAUUCUUCCAACAGUGGGCCAGGCCACAGCCCUCCUUGGUAUGCUCGCGCAGUCCCUUGCGUCUGUAUCAACAGCCGGAUACUAUAGUACUGCUACUGUACCUGCAGUAGGAGAAUCCCCAAAGCCAGUUUACAUUAUCCAUAUCUAUAUCUUGAUACUGGUUCUUGUCGCCAAUGCUAUGCGGGGCGUCUGGUGGGAUCAAGAGUUGCGUGGUGGCUGUAUCCUUAGAGACAGUAAGAUAAAUGCUCUAUCUGCAAGUUCGGAGGUUAUAUUCGGGUUGGAUUUUAACAACACAGAGCAUGUUGGUCUGGCGCCUAGGGUUUUGGAGAUCCAGGAGCAUGUGGUGUAUUACAGGGCGCAGAGGAGAGCCCUAGAGACACAAUACAAUUCAGCAAAUGGGAUCAUGCUCUACGACAGCAUUGCCGCACAGAGCGAUUUCUAUAGCUGA